UCCACUUUUGUAGUUGUUAAUAGUAUUAUCUUUAAAUAAUUUUACGACCCCCAAAAUUAGUUUUAGGGUUUUCCCCGUUGAUGAUACCACUAUCAAAUCACAGACUCUCACUAAAAAUGGAGGGGCUUCUCAUUUCCUGCAGUUUGUGAUUUGGAUGCCGUUAGUUGGAAUUUGAACUACAACUGAACUUAGGUACUUGCAGUUUCAUGCUUCAAUGGCAGAAUAUGAAAACAGUCACAACUAUUCCACACAAAGCGAGACCGCCAUGCAAUCCCUAAACACCAUAAUACAGCUCCAUUUCGAGAAGACCCUAGAGAAAAAACGAGCGAUCGACCAACAGAAAAAGGAGCUAUGGAAGCUCUUCCAACUCUUCUUCCUCUUCUUAGCCCUUGUGUUCACCGCACUGGUCCAUUCCUCGAGCCUCAAGUGCCGCCACUGCUGGAUGCCCAUCGGCCUCCUCACCUUUUCCCACCUCAUCUUCUACGUGUCGGUGGCUCAGACCCUGCGGUGCAUCAAUGGGUUCAAAUAUCAGAGGAGAUGCCACAAGUUGACCCUUGGGUUAGCCACCGAGCGGCUCAGGCAGAUGAACACGGGCGCGGUUGAUACAAAUGCUGAUGGCAAAGAUGUUGGUGGUGAUGAGUUUGAGAUCCCUUAUCAGGAACCACCAAAGAGUUACUUUGGUAAGUUCAAGAGGAAUUGGGCUAUGCAUUUUGGGUUCUUGAUUUUGAUCUAUGUGUUUAUGGUAUCAUCAUCUGUUGUUGUUCUUUGUUUCUAAACGUUUGGGCCCUUGUAGUUUGUGGUAGUCUGUAUUUUAGGCCCAAAGGUUGUUGUAGUCUGUAGUGUAGGCCCAAACAUUUCAGGUAGUCUGUACUCUGUAGGUUGGGGCUUUGGGCCCAAACAUUUAUUGAAUUACCAUUUUAGUCUCCAAACUUUAUUUUUAA